AUGAACCGAACGACCUCGGUCGUCAAUGCUGACGAGUUUUGCAUUCACCACAUCUCGCAAUACUCACCCGUCGUCAGAGAUGUGAAGCCGAAUUGGCAUGUGCAGUUGUUCAACGGAAGCUUCUUGCACAAGAAUGCUUAUCGGCAGUCGGCAGGGCCAGAAGUCGAUGCGGCGUGGGAUGCACUAGGUAUCAACUAUCGAAGUAUAGUGAUUCCCGAGGCCGAGGCGGAGCGAACUGGACUGCGUCAUGAUCAGGUGCAGAUUAGUCAGGAGUACGGUGGUGGCUUCCCAGCCAACGUCGAGGGCCUACAUCACCUGCAUUGUCUUGAUCUCCUUCGCAAGACGCUGCAUUGGAACUACAACUACUAUCUGUCACAAAAGCAGGGCGCAUUUGUGAAUAGCGAGUACAUUGUGCGGGUGCAUGCCACUCACUGCUUGGACACUAUCAGACAGGUCCUCAUGUGCAACCCGGACGUAGGCGUGCUGGGUCAGGUGUGGUGGCAACCUGACAGCGAGCCAGAGCCAAUGCCGUUUGUCGACUUCAACACGAAGCACCGAUGUCGCGACUAUGAGGCUAUACGGAAAUGGGCAGAGGCGCACCAGCUGCCGCCCGAGACAGAGGUGGAUAUGGAGAAGUUCUAUCAGAGGCCGAAGGCAGGGGACACGGUCUUGGGCAAGAUUCCAUGA